AACAUCACACAUACAUCACGAUACUUAUGUAUAUUCAUUCUCUCUGAUCGGAUCCGCCGUCAGCCUCCGGUUACUGCCUCUGCACUCUCGCUCAGUAUACAAUUAGAAUUUUUCUCAUUAAAAAAAUCGGAAUUUUCAUGAUUUUGUAAGCAAUUUUCUAUAAGAUCGAUAAACUUCUCUUCCCUUUCUCCGCUUCCGGUCGAUCCAUUCAGCUUGAUCAUUCAGGCGUGUAGCAGUUGUAAUGGCAGCUCCAGCUGAAACCAUAAGAUGGUUGAAGGGAAGAGUGAAAGCCAUUCCCUCUGGAGACACUUUGGUGAUAAUGGGGAGCUCCAAGGCUGAAAUUCCCCCUGAAAAAACAAUAAAUUUAGCGCAUCUAAGUGCUCCACGAUUGGCCCGUCGUGGUGGGGUGGAUGAGCCAUUUGCAUGGGAGAGCAAAGAGUUUUUAAGGAAGCUUUGUAUUGGAAAGGAAGUCACAUUCAGAGUGGAGUACACUGUGCCAGCUAUAGGGCGAGAAUUUGGCUCUGUUUUUCUCGGUGACAAGAAUGUUGCCAUGCUGGUUGUUGCUGCAGGCUGGGCCAAGAUUAGGGAUGGUCAACAGAAAGGUGAAGUUAGCUCGAGUUUACAAGUCCUGCUUGAUCUUGAAGACCAAGCAAAGCAACAAGGUCUAGGCCGUUGGAGCAGGGCACCUGGUGCUUCUGAGGCAUCGAUCAGGAAUCUUCCUCCCUCUGCCAUGGGUGAUCCUAGUAACUUAGAUGCGAUGGGUCUUUUGGCUUCAAAUAAAGGUAAGCCUAUGGAAGCAAUUGUGGAGCAGGUUCGUGAUGGAAGUACACUACGAGUAUACUUGCUUCCAGACUUUCAAUUCGUCCAAGUUUUCGUUGCGGGAAUACAGGCACCAACAAUGGGAAGAAGAGUUGCAGCAGAAACUGUUGUUAACAAUGAUAUUACCUCUGAUGAACCAAAUGGAGAAUCAUCAAGUGAACCCCGUGCACUGACAUCAGCUCAGAGACUUGCAGCUUCAAAAGCAUCUAUAGCAGAAGUUGCCCCUGAUCCAUAUGGCAGAGAAGCAAAGCAUUUUACUGAAACCCGCGUAUUAAGCAGAGAUGUCCGAAUUGUCCUUGAGGGUGUUGACAAAUAUAGCAAUCUGAUUGGCUCAGUGUAUUAUCCUGAUGGAGAAUCAGCAAAGGACCUGGGAUUGGAGCUUGUUGAAAAUGGUUUUGCUAAAUAUGUUGAAUGGAGUGCAAACAUGCUUGAGGAUGAUGCCAAGAGGCGUUUGAAAAAUGCAGAGCUGCAGGCUAAGAAGACUCGCUUGAGGAUCUGGACAAACUAUGUACCCCCAGCAACAAAUUCCAAGGCUAUUCAUGACCAGAAUUUUUCAGGAAAGGUGGUUGAGGUUGUAAGCGGUGAUUGCAUUAUUGUAGCUGAUGAUUCUGUGUCAUUUGGAGAUCCAUCAGCUGAGCGAAGAGUCAAUCUUUCAAGUAUUAGAACACCUAAAUUGGGGAAUCCUCGUCGAGAUGAAAAACCUGCUCCCUAUGCUCGUGAAGCAAAGGAAUUUUUAAGAAAUCGCCUUAUUGGAAGACAGGUGCAUGUUUCAAUGGAGUACUCCCGGAAGGUCAGCAUGGCAGAUGGACCUGUUCCCUCUGCUAGUGCAGAUUCAAGGAUCAUGGAUUUUGGUACUGUUUUCCUUGCGUCCAAGGAUGGGGAGGAUGUGUCACCUGCUCCAUCUGCUGCAGGCAGUCAGCAGGCUGGUGUGAAUGUUGCUGAGCUUUUGGUUGGCCGUGGCUUUGCAACGGUAGUUAGACAUCGUGACUUCGAAGAACGAUCAAACUAUUAUGAUGCCCUUCUGGCUGCUGAAUCGCGUGCUAUUUCUGGGAAAAAGGGUAUGCAUUCGCCCAAGGAGCCUCCAGUGAUGCACGUAACAGACCUACUAACGGCCUCUGCAAAGAAAUCCAAGGAUUUCUUGCCUUUCCUGCAGCGCAACAGAAGGAUGCCUGCUGUUGUGGAGUACGUCCUAAGUGGUCAUCGAUAUAAGCUGUUCAUUCCCAAGGAGACUUGCAGUAUUGCUUUCUCCUUGUCAGGCGUGAGAUGCCCUGGUCGAGAUGAGCCUUACUCCAAUGAAGCUAUUGCUUUAAUGAGGCGAAAAAUAAUGCAAAGGGACGUUGAGAUUGAGGUAGAAACAGUUGAUAGAACUGGGACUUUCUUGGGCACAUUAUGGGAGUCGAGAUCCAAUGUGGCAGUGAUACUAUUAGAAGCUGGAUUGGCUAGAAUGCAAACUUCCUUUGGUGCUGAUAGAUUGCAGGAUGCUCACCUCCUCAUGCAAGCUGAACAGGCUGCCAAAAGGCAGAAACUGAAGAUAUGGGAGAAUUAUGUCGAGGGAGAGGUCGUUUCAAAUGGCGCUGUUGCUGAAAGACGUCAAAAAGAAGAGGUGAAGGUCACGGUCACUGAAGUUUCGGGAGGGGGAAAAUUUUAUGUUCAGUCGGUCACAGACCAGAAAGUCGCCACCCUUCAGAGGCAGCUUGCUUCUCUCAACCUUCAGGAAGCUCCUGUAAUUGGUUCCUUCAAUCCAAAGAAAGGAGAUCUUGUUCUUGCUCAAUUCAGUGCAGAUAAUUCAUGGAACCGAGCAAUGAUUGUAAAUGCUCCUCGAGGUGCUGUACAGUCUUCUCAAGACAGGUUUGAAGUUUUCUACAUCGACUACGGAAACCAAGAAGUGGUUCCUUACAGUCAGUUGCGACCCCUUGAUGCUUCUGUGUCCUCUACUCCUGGUCUUGCUCAGCUGUGCAGUCUUGCAUAUCUUAAAGUUCCUGGCCUGGAAGAUGAUUAUGGCCAAGAGGUUGCUUAUCGUCUAAGCGAGCUUGUAUUAAGUGCCCCUAAAGAAUUUAAGGCCAUAAUAGAGGAAAGAGACACUUCAGGUGGAAAAGUUAAAGGUCAAGGAACCGGGACAAUCUUUUUGGUGACUUUGGUUGAUCCAGAAACUGAUGUCAGUGUAAAUGCUACUUUGUUAAAGGAAGGACUUGCUAGGUUGGAGAAAAGGAGGAGAUUUGAGCCAAAGGAUAGACAACUGGCUAUGGAUGAAUUGGAAAAAUACCAAAAAGAAGCAAAAGAUAAAAGACUUGGAAUGUGGGAAUACGGAGAUGUUGAGUCAGAUGAUGAGGAUUCUGCUCCCUCUGCUAGAAAAGCCGCUGGGAAACGGUGAACGGAACUUUCUUGUACUAAUUUAGAUGAGCUCUUUCUGCCAGGAAAAGUCUACAAACUGCAGACAAGAUAAUUGCUGUUUACAAAAAUAGAGAGGUGGAAAGUUCGGCUUAGCUUUAAUGUGUUAUUAAUACACUUGUAACUUUUAGAAACUGACUUUUGGGAGGUCAGACAAUUUUUAUUUUCCUUUUAUUAAUUUUUUAAAUUUAUACUGACUUGUAAUAAAGUUUCCUCCCGUUGUCUGUCAUGCCUUAGUGGGUGUGACGAUUUUGUGUGACAAUAUCUGUAUGUUGAAGGCAAGGAAUAUUUUUCCAGCAACUAGUGUGAUAAUUCAGUUAUUCUUGUUCUAAUUUC